AGAGAAGUAUAUACUCACAUCCAGAACAUGUACUCCAUCUCCUUGUGCCGUCACAGUAACAUAGCCGUCCGCGGUGCUAGUGGACGCUCGAUGGUGCGUCGCAUAUGCAUUAGAGAAGGAUUUAGAGCCCGGACGGCUGAAUCGUUUCGGAAGAGUAUAGCUUGAGAGCAGGUAGGGCUCACUGACGGCGGUAGACAUUACAAGAUGCGGUGUGCACUCGGCCGUGCACAGGACUGCUUUCUCGUUCAUGAAAUUUGAAAAGCGCCGAAAAGAAGCGCCAAGAGUAGCAAGGUUAGGGUUGCACACUGUGAGCAGCUUAGCCCGAGAGGUAUCGUAAGUUUCGAGAAUCGUGCUGCUCAGCAGCUCCUCUAGCUCUAACGUCGUUCUUUGACUUCGUCACGAAAGCAUGCUUCGGGAGAGCUCGAUAUGAACGUGUGAGGAUCAUGGCGCAGCGGGUGUACGUGUCGAGCGGCUCGAGUCUCCGGGCAGCCGCUUGGGCAAAGGUCUGUCGUGUUCACCACGGGGCCCGUCCACACCAAUUCGGGUGUCCGCUCUCAAAAAGCCUCCAGUACUCCGCAUCUCUAGAUCUCCCCCUCCUACACAGUAUCCUCCUACAGUUUCAGUUGUGAAUCAGCAGACGAUGUCGGUGCUCAGCGUCAUCAAGCCGCUCGCCUACCUCUCACUCCCGGUCUUCGCCUUGCAUACUCUCUCGAAUGCCUCACCAGUCGCGCGAUAUUAUGUUCGCCUUGGUACAUACCUCUCCACCGUGGGCAUUUGCUCGAUAUGGGGAAUUCUGGUGGCAAUAGGCAUGAACAUCAUUGGCAAUAGCUUCAACGCCAACUACGUCGUUGCACGAAGUUUCUAUCACAUCGCCGGUCGCAUGUUGGGAAUCAAGCUGGUUGUAGAAGGGGAAGAACAUCUGGAGACGUGUCCUGCAAUCUUAGUGGGCAACCACCAGAGCAUGCUCGACAUCCUCUACCUGGGCAGGAUUUUCCCCAAGCGUACGUCCAUAAUGGCGAAGAAGGAGCUUCAAUGGAUGCCCUUACUUGGGCAAUGGAUGUCUCUGUCCGGUGCUAUCUUCGUAGACCGUGGCAACAAUACUAAGGCCAUCCAGUCGUUGUCUGCUGCUGGCCAGACGAUCAAGGCCAGACACACAUCGCUUUGGAUGUUCCCGGAGGGUACGCGCUCUAUGCGCGAGCAUCACGACAUGCUACCUUUCAAAAAAGGCGCGUUCCACAUUGCCGUCGAAGCUGGAAUCCCAAUCGUGCCCGUUGUAUGCGAGAAUUAUUGGCGGUUGUACAGGAAAGGUGUCUUCGAGAGUGGAACUAUCAAGGUUAAAGUCCUUCCUCCUAUCCCGACUACUGGGCUGACCGCUACCGAUGUUACUGCUUUGUCUGUGCGCGUACGUGAGAUAAUGGUGGAGGCGUUGCGGGAGAUCUCUGUAUCCGUCCCUACACCCAUUUCUGCAAAGCCCCCGCUUCCCGAAAACAUCGACCCGUCCGAAAUGGCAGCAGAGCAACAACUUCGAGAGAAGGAGCCACUAUCGGCAAUCCCUUCGCUCGCGUCUAUCACAGAGGCAGGCCCCGACGCCACACCUGCACUACCGGAAUCGAGGUCGGAAAGCCGCGCGUCAACAUAUGCCUCUGAAGAUUUCUCCGCACCGUCGAGCCGCCACGAAGGAAGCGAGGCGGGUAUAGAGACAGAGGAGGAUGAGGGAAUGGUCCUGGUUGGACGCCCUAGACAAUAGCUGUCGUCUCAUUUAGGUUACGUCUAACUUGGUGCUAUCCUGCACUUUGGUACUUAGGCUUGAUGUUCUACGCGGCUUGAAAAAGAAUACUUGUCGCUCGUGUAUGUGCAUCCCACCCAGUUCAGUCUACGCCUCAGGAACGCAGUACUUUCAGCGCGUCCCAAAUUCAAGCUCGUACUGCCUCUAGAUGGCCAGAUACGCUGUAGAACCACAUCUCCGCGAAAGGAUUCAAAGCUCGGAGAGCGAAGGGCUGGCUGAUUUAGUAUUCUAUAGCCUUGUCACUUGGCCUUGUAAUAACGCGCUCUUGUUACGAUUAUCUAGCGGAUAUCGUCACGUGUAUUGUUGACUGAUGUCGAAAAUAUUCACAUUCACAUCCACAUCUUUGUUCCUCCCAUUUCUGUGAAACAAUGGUUGGCUUCCGCCCACGAGCUACAUAAUUAUCUUGAAAGUCGGCCACGCGCAGCGCACUGCGGGUAAGUUGAACGCUGUUGUCCCUUAUACCCGCCAGUCGCUUAAGCACUCAAAACAUUCAGCGUUCAAGGUCGACGAACAACCUACAACAUGCGCGAACCACAAUCUCCUCGCCGCACUCCUCGCUGCAGGAAGUGCCUGCAACCCCGCAAAGGACAUCCUCGAACUGGCUGUCCGAACUGGGAUCGGACUGACUCUGGAGAAGUUGUAGAGGAGCUGCGAGCGAGCGAUGCUAUGCAGUCUCUCCGGAUCGAUAGCAAGAUCGACCAACGUCGCAGGCGGGCAUCUACACAGCCAAUACAUCCUCAGCUCACACAUCACACGAUCUCCACUGAGCCCGUCCAGGGCGCUGUCCAGUCCUUUGCCCUGGACGACGAAAAAGACUCACUAGCCCGCAAAGUAGAACGAUGGUUGAAGAGCGUACCAAGUGACCCAAAAGAGCUCGAGCCAAGUUCGCCUAGGGUUAAAUACGAAGAAACGGAAGAAUCCGCCACUGGCCACUCGCGACAACCGAGACCGCCUUUGCGGACGAUGAGCAUGGAGGAGAAGUUUAACUUCCUGGAGAGGUUGAAGCAGAACACCAAGCACACAGCACAGGUGUUCAUCAUGGACAGAAACGAAGUAUUGGGGUCGCUAGAGGAGGCAAAGAGGCAGGGCUUCCAUGGUGGCGUACAUGUCCCUUCACAGGGAGAUGCAUUCCUGGUUCUCGGGAUGGACAGGGAGGCGGUAGAUGCGUUGCUCGAGACGGUGAGGGCCGAACGAAGAUCACCGAUGAAGAGUUGCGUGGCGGGUGCUGUUGUAGGUGCGGCAGCGGUAUGGGCAGGACUAGCGUAUGCAUAGGACACUUUAGAACAUUAGCUAUGAACUCCUUAAUGGCAUCUCUAACUCAUGCAGCUCUCAACGUUCAAAAUACAUGGUUCAGUCCGUGAUUGGGGACGCUAUGCAUGGCGAGAUGACGGACAGAAGGUUGUUUGCACUGCCAUGCGCGCGUUGU